UAGGUCAGUCAAGUUACCACGAUGUUAAAUAUCAUGCAGAACUAGAGAAUCUUCUGUUCAACCCCUUUUGAUUGCAGAAAAGAAGUGUGAAAGGACCUGAAAAGGGACUGUACGGGAAACUUAACACUCAGAGAAGCUAAUGAAGCAUACAAUUAUUAACAUUUUUGGAAUAAAUAGAAUGUAAUUUUCUGAAAAGCUAGAUGAUGCUCUUACUGUAGAAAAACAUGAAAAUGUGGCAUCAGUGUGGUGUUCACAAGAGGGGGUUAGUGAGGCUCAGUAGGCUCUGCCACUCAUCUACAGGAGCAUAGCAUGUGUACGUACUUCAGUGAAUUGCUUCCCUUUGGUUAACUUCUGUGCAGUUUAUCUCACUUGAUUCACACCACUUCCUCAGCAUAGACGGUCAUCACCCUUAUGCAAGAUUCUUCUUAUCUACUUGGACAGGUUUCCAAAAGAAAAUGCUAUCUACCACUGAAGCAGCCAGCAUCAGCAUGGGAUCCCCUUUAGAUUUUUUGGAUGAAUAUGGUGAUGAAUAUGGUCCUGAACCAUGCAUCAAAGAUGGAGUAAGAAGCUUCAGAUCAUGGUUCCUUCCCACUCUUUACUCACUAGUCUUCCUGCUUGGUUUGACAGGCAAUACUGUUGUUGUCUUGGUGCUACUGAAGUACAAGAGGCUGAAAAGCAUGACAGAUAUUUAUGUAUUCAAUCUUGCCAUCUCUGACUUGCUUUUUGUUCUUGGUCUUCCUUUCUGGUCUUAUUUCAUGGCUGAUAGAUGGGUAUUUGGAGAUACUUUGUGUAAACUAAUCUCUUGGAUCUUCCAGAUUGGAUUUUUCAGUGGAAUCUUUUUUACCAUGCUCAUGAGCAUUGAUAGGUAUCUUGCCAUUGUUCAUGUUGCAUUUUCAUUGAAAGCAAGAACUGCCACCUACGGCACUCUUACUAGUCUUAUUGUAUGGCUGGUGGCCAUCAAUGCUUCUAUUCCAGAACUGAUAUUUAGCACGUCAGUAAACGACUAUAAUCACACUGAAUGCAAAUCAGUGUACUUUAAGAAUAGCACCGCAUGGAAACUCUUCACUUGUUUGGAACUCAACAUAUUAGGCCUCAUUGUGCCCUCCAUCAUCAUUUCCUUUUGCUAUGCAAGGAUAGUUCCAACCUUGCUGCAUUGCAGAAAUAACAAGAAAAAGAAGGCAGUGAAGAUGAUCUUUGUUGUGGUGGUGGUGUUUUUUUUCUGUUGGACACCUUACAAUAUUGUACUUUUUCUAAAAUGCUUCAAUGAUGUGAGUACUCUUGGACAAUGUGAAAUCAGCAAAAACCUGGACUAUGCAAAUCAAGUGACUCAAAUCCUAGCAUAUUUUCACUGCUGUUUGAAUCCAGUCAUCUAUUUCUUUAUGGGACAAAAAUUCAAGUUAUACAUCAAACUGUUCUUCAAGAACUGUGCCCUUUCAAAAAUACUUUGUAAAUCUUGUGGGCUCCAUGAGUCCUUCUAUUCUGAGUCAUCAGGUUCAGGUUAUACUCAAUCCACUAGUGAUGAAGAGACAUUCUGAAGAACCUGAAAUGCUGUCUUUUGAAGUUGGACCAAUUCAUCAGAACAAUGAUACCUUUCAUAUGCUGACAAAUAAGCACUGCUUCAAGUAAAUUUUGAACAUGGAAAAAGGAGAGCAGCCCAUCCAGCUUGGAAACACGAAAAGCUAUUUUGCAUUGGACACAGCAGUUACACAGAGUUCUAAGCCCCAAAACUCAUCACUUCAUCCUUUCAGUCCUAUGGUCAAAUUCCUGACAAAGACGUUAACUCUUGAGUUUCCUUUCUAGUCACAAUAUUACGAAGCCUGCUUGUCAAGUCUUUUGCUAUCUAGGAUUUUUUUUCUCUUUUCAGAGUUAACACAGCUUUAAAUCAACUCUGCAGUUCACGAUCUUGGGUCCUCUGAGCCAGCAGACAAGCUUGGAAAUGUCAAGUGUUGCAUAUCUCAAAUUCAAUAGCAUGUUCUGAAGGCUUUUCAAGGUGGCUAUGUCAGCUGUCAGCAGAAUCAUGAUCUUAAGUGAACUCUGUAUCUCGUUUUUAGAUGUUGCCUCAACGUCAGUUUUCAUAAGACCCAGCCAAACAAGGAAGUCUGAAAGUUAUAGAUCAUUUGCCAUGGCUAACACUCUUCCACCUCAGAAUGGCUAGUACAGGCAAGAGGUCAGGAAUCUUUUUUUCCUUUUUCUAAUGGUUCUUACCUCCAAUUCCCACAAUCAUUUACCUGUAUAACAGGAAGAUACCUUAGAUCCUUGCAAAGAGCUUGUACUACAGCCCAUCAUUAGUUAUAGGUUUAUACCUGUUGAAUUUUCCAGGACGCAUUGGAGACUGUGCCCCUCUGAACAUCAGCAAAACACAUUUACUCCCUCCUAAUCCCUUUCAUGGAAUUAGGUUUACUCUAGUAGUCUCAACUGCACAAAAUGUAAGCCAUGCUCCUUUGCAUGGGAGUAUGCAUGUAGUCAUGCCUCAAUUCAA